AUGGAGUCACAUACCGCUGCACAAGCUGCGAAAGUCAGCCCCAUGAGCUUCGACCCGUCUUCCUUCUUGACUGUGCGCGUCGGUCCUGAAGGUUCCCAACAGGAGUUCUUGCUCCACGAAGGCAUUAUAUGCAAACGGUCCGAGUUCUUUCGCCGCGCGAUGAACGGCAACUGGUCUGAGAAGAAGGCUCGACUUGUUAAGCUACCUGAAGAUGACCCCAAUAUUUUCGCUCUCUACGUCAAUCUCGUGUAUAUGGGCGAACUGUCCAGGCCAUCAGACCUUACCAAGACGACUUCGAACGAGUUCCAAGCGCACAUCCUGGCCACCGUCAAAUUCUACGUCCUCGCUGAGAAGCUGCAAGACAAGCAAGCUAAGAAUACUGCUCUAACAACUACUCACGCCGAUAUGACACGGAGAUCGUCUGCCGACAAGCUACCCAAUGCUGAGAUCGUCGAGUUCAUGUACAAGAACACGUUGAAAGGUAGCCCUGGACGACGCCUCAUGGUCGACAUUUGGAACGAUGACAACACUAAGUGCAUUCUCGAGCAAUCGGAAGUCGUAUGCAAGGAAUUCUUCAUCGAUCUCGCCUAUUCACUUCAUGCUUAUCGCCCUGCACGUAUGCGGAACGUUGCAUCUGUCUCGUCUUUCACCUCGUAUCAUGAACAACUUUGA